AUGGCGGUCAGACAGGGAGAGACAAAGACCCUUCAUAACUACAUCAAGAGAUUCAAUGAAGAAGUCCUAAAAAUACACAAUCUCAAGGAUGAGACCAAGUUCGCAGCCCUCCUGGCGGGGCUUCAGCCAGAUGACUUCAAAUUCGAGUUGAUCAAGGAAAAACAAAAGCCCAAUUGGGGAGAGACCUCAAAAUCUGACAAGAAGAAGAAAGAAAACGACAGCCACGACCAACCUCAACCCUCCCUCAAAAAGUCAGUUAUGCUUGAUGACCAUGGUGAGGAUCCGAGGGAGCUGAAAAGGGCACUGGAUCACUUGGCCAACAAGGGAAAGCUGAAUAAUUACUUAAGGAAGAAUCCUCCCCAAAAAGCAAAAGCCAAAGAAAAGGAGUCCCCUAGUGAUGAUACAGGAGACUACAUUGGAGUUAUAGUUGGAGGCUUGGCAACAGGCGGGUCUGUGAGCAAGGCGAAUGAUAGCUUAUGGGCACUUGAACAUCAAGUCCUAAAAGUGGCAUCGACUUCUCAAACAACCCCGCUGAUGAUAUUUGGUGGGAGCACUGGCUACCCAAUUCAAGAGUCCCAUGACGAUCCCCUAGUCAUCGAGAUGAAAGUCGCUAACUCAACAGUCGGGCUAGUGUUAGUGGAUAGUUCAUCAUCUGCCGACAUCAUUACUCUAAAGUGUCUAGAAGGGCUCAAGUAUUCCAAAGAUGAUCUAAAAACCAUCUCCCAACCACUCAUUGGGUUCAGAGGUCAAGUCGUCCAUCCCCAAGGCACUAUCAAGCUACCCGUCAGGCUGGGUCCCAAGAACAAAGGAAGGCGACUGCUAGUAAAAUUUAUUGUCGCUGAUAUCUCCUUACCAUACAAUAUCAUCUUAGGCCGACCUCUACUAAACAAAAUAAAAGCCACAAUCUCUGUGUACCAACUUCUCAUGCAGUUUGAAUUGGAAGAUGGCACAGUGGGAAAAAUCUUUGGGGAUCAACAAGUGGGCAGGCGAUGCUAUGUUAACAGCCUCAAGAUAGGGACAAGCACCCCCCAGGCACUGGCCAAGAAAGCCAAGCCGGAAGGGACUCGAAACUCCUGA